AUGGUUGGACUAUACGCGACCGUAACCGAACCAUUGCACUGUGUGUACAAGUUCGACUACGACAAAUACUCAGGCACGUUUGACCUCGAAGAUGACAACAGCCCUGUCGGUGAGGUGAAUCGGCACAAAUUCUACGGAUGGCACACGGCGACGUUGAUCCUGCUCGGCUUCGCCCUCAUCACAUCUUUUCUGGCGAUCUGUCUUGGAAUGUGCUCGUGCUGCUACGGUUCUCUCAGCCUUGUUUUCACGGCUGCCUGUCUUCUUACUAGUAACGUUUCUUUCGUCAGUUGCUGUUGGCAUCUUCUUCUUUUACUCACAUCGUGCCGACAACCGCUUUAUCAAAGGCAUCGUGGGCACGUACGAGCUGUACGUCAUUCCACUUUCAGCAAAGGGUCGGCAUUGCAUUUUUCCUGGAAAUGGGAGCUGCAUUUGCUCACUUCCUUGCUUUCGUCGUUUCCAUGGUCUCUACCUACUUUUCUUUCGCUGGUAGCCAAAGAAGCUCCUGAUCGCUACAGUCUUCAGCGUAGCUCUCGGACGAAUGUCACGAAUAUAGGAAGGUCAAUGGAGUUCGAUGCACCAUUGAUGUAUCAGUCGCAAACUCCCCAGUCAAUCAUAAGGCCACCGUACUCAAAACAGGAUGAGUAUGAACGAACAGUUGCAGAGAGCAUGCCCGAAUUGGUGAACAGGUUGGACCCGCGUUUGAGAAAUUUAUAUAUCUUUUGA